CGCCAUUCCUCCAUUUUGGUGGGGCAUGAUGAUGGUGAUGUCUCGGAUGUGUCGGCGGUCGUUCUCGACGCCCAUCAAGUCCCGACUGGACUUCAAGGCAUUGAGUGCCAACGUGGACGAUGCAAUCCAGAACGUUGCCGUGCGCAAGAGUGGCGGCGACCCGUUGCGAGUCGCGUCGCUUUACGCCGAACUCGGGAGUGCGACGAACCACGUGUAUCGCCUACGGCAAGAACGCAAUAUCAUGUCCAAGCAGAGCGGGGACAAGGAGCUCGGGCGGGCGUUGAAGGUUGAGCUGUCGACGCUGGAGGCCAAGCUCGAAACCCUGACCCAUGACCUGGAGCGAGAGGCAUUGCUGAUUCCGAACCACACGCAUCCCCGCAGCCCCGUCGGUCCCGAAGAGAACUCUGUCGUCCUGCGCACCAUCGGCACCAAGCCCACAUUUGAUUUCGAGCCCAAGGACCAUUUCGACCUCGCCACGCACUUGGACAUUCUCGAAAUGAACACCAAGAUCGCUGGCGCCAGAUUUGCCACGUUGAAGAACGAAGGGGCAUUGCUGGAACUGGCACUGGUGCACUGGACCAUGGCCAAGCUUCGUUCCAAGGGCUUUUCCGUGCAUUUACCCCCCGAUGUCGCACAUUCCGCCAUGGUCGAAGGUUGCGGAUUUCAACCCCGGGGGGACGCUACCCAAGUGUAUUCGAUUGCUAACACGGACUUGUGCUUGGUGGGCACUUCAGAAAUUCCCUUAGCCGCCAUGUUCAGUGACUCGGUACUUCACUCGACCAAGGACCUACCCAAGCGAAUCGCGGCAUUUGGCCAUUGCUUCCGCACGGAAGUGGGUCAUGGAGGCAAGGAAACCAAGGGCCUGUAUCGCAUCCAUCAAUUCAGCAAAGUUGAAAUGUUUGCCUACUGUACGAUGGACGAAGCUGAAACCUUAAUGGACGACCUCUUGGCCGUACAAGUGGAAAUCGUGUCGGAGCUGGGGUUGCAUUGCCAGGUCGUGGACAUGGCGACCGAGGAUUUGGGCGCGCCGGCGUAUCGAAAAUGGGAUAUCUUGGCGUGGAUGCCGGGGCGUCAGAGCUACAACGAGGUAUCGAGUCUAUCCAACUGCACCGACUACCAAGCGCGGCGACUGAAUAUCCGCCAUAAAGCCGACGACAAGAAGCCCCAGUUCGUCGCGACUUUGAACGGGACUGCGCUCGCGGUGCCGCGCAUCCUCAUUAGCAUCCUGGAAACGUACCAGGAAGCGGAUGGGUCGGUGCGCGUACCCGCUGUCUUGCGACCGUACCUCAUGCAAGACCACAUCCGAAAGCCGCCGGAGACUUCAACCACCCUCCACCACCAUCAUCAUCGCAAGGCCGAGCAGUAGAGAGUUAAGAUAGAUAGAUAUCCACAUGCGUGGGAUAGACUUAAGUUCAUGUUAAGUUUCUUCCUUAUCCA